AUGCAGAAUGGAGAUGUAGCGGUCGACUUUUACCAUCGUUAUAAGAUUUUCGAUUUCGUGGGCCAGAUUAACAGUGGCAAGGUAAAGGAUGGAGUAAACAAAGAAGGUGUACAAUUCUACAAUGCUCUCAUCGACGAGCUUAUAGCUAAUGGCAUUCAACCUUCGAUGUCCCUCUAUCAUUGGGAUCAUCCUCAAGUUCUCGAGGAUGAGUAUGGUGGUUUUCUAAGCCCUCUAAUAAUAGAUGAUUUUCGAGAUUUUUCAAGAGUGUGUUUUGAAGAAUUCGGAGACAGAGUUAAGAUGUGGACCACCAUAAACGAGCCUUACAUCAUAACUGUUGCGGGCUAUGAUACGGGCAACAAAGCAGUUGGACGUUGCUCGAAAUGGGUGAAUAGUCAGUGUCAAGCCGGUGAUUCGGCUACCGAGCCUUAUAUUGCAUCACAUCACCUUCUUCUUGCUCAUGCCGCAGCUGUGCAUGAGUUCCGGAAAUGUAACAAGACUUCACAUAAUGGUCAGACUGGGAUAGUGUUAUCGCCCUUGUGGUUUGAGCCUUAUGACUCUACUUCUCUUGAAGAUAACGAAGCUGUAAAGCGAGCUCUUGCCAUUGAACUAGAUUGGCAUUUAGAUCCAGUUAUCCACGGAGAUUAUCCAGAAACACUAAAGAAACAAGUCGGAAAGAGAUUAUCUUCUUUCACCGCAGAACAAUCCAGAAUGUUAAAAAAUUCAUCGGAUUUCAUUGGAGUAAACUAUUAUACUGCACGCUACAUUGUUCAUCUUCCUCACGUUGACCCUGCACGACCUCGAUUCAAGACUGAUCAACAGUUGGAAUGGAGAGGAUUUUGUUGCUGGUAUCAGAGCAAGGUUACCAUUAUCUUUGAAGAAGUGAAGAUGGAGGCAACCGUUACCGUUGAAGGUGACAUGUUCAAGCUCACGACGGACAACUUCUCUUAUUGGAAACCGAUGAUGGAAGAUCACCUUUAUUGUAAGGAUUUGCAUGAGCCCAUCAUCAUGAAGGAUAAGCCGGAAGGAAAGGAUGAUAAAGCAUGGGAGAUUCUUAAUAGAAAGGCGGUUGCCGUAAUACGUAAGUAUGUCGACCGAUCUCUCUUUGAACAUGUCUCUACCUACACAAAUGCUUUUGAAUUAUGGACAAAACUUGAAUCCAUGAUUCAAAAGAAAACACCUCGAAACAAAGCUCUUCUUGUUCGACGGUUGGUAAAGUUGGAGUACAAGGAUGGCCAGAGCAUGAUGGAGCACUUGAACAAUUUCAAGGGCAUUGUAAAUCAGCUUAACAAAGUUGAUAUGAAGGUUGAAGACGAAAUGCAAGCCCUUUUAAUCAUUAGUUCACUACCGGAGAGUUGGGACACACUAGUUGUCACUCUAAGAAAUUCAGCACCGGAGGGAAAGCUUACCAUGGACACCGUCACUGACAGCCUUCUAAACGAAGAAGUUCGCAGGAAGGAGCGAGGUUCGAGUUCUUAUUCAGAAGCUAACAUUGUUGAUAGACGAGGUAGAGAAGAGACUCGUGGCCAAAACAGAAGCAGAGGACGAGACCAAUCUUGA